GUUUUUCGGCUAAGUUGAACUACUAUUAAUUAUUUGUACGGUAUUUUUUCUGGUAUGUAUCAGACAUCACAAGUGUUCUCUAAUAAAUUGUUCAACCACGUACGGGUGUGAUCGGUAUACAAAAGCGCCAGUUUCACGCUGAUCAUUAGUGCAAUGCAGACCGCUAAAACCCCAAAUAAAGUUUUAUUAAGUGAUCGCUGCUUUUGAGAUGGUUAGGUGGUUGUCUGGCCCAGCAAAGAUGUCCUGUGCAUGUUUCAGUGCAAUGCACCGACAGAGUAGCGGAUCGGGCAGAGGCGCAGCCACGGCUCAGGGGGCACCACGAAGCGGCUGGGCUUCCCGUCCCCUCUUCCUGCCCAGCCUCUCUUCGGCUCUUCCUUCUUGCUCCUCUCCUGGAGCGCGAUCGCGGCUCGGUGCGCAGGCGUGAUGCGCCCUGGAAGCCAUGUUCGCUUCUCCGUGAGCCCCGGUCGUGAUUCCUCUCGCACCCCGGACUCCGCUCGUCCGUCCCGUCCGAUUCCUCCUACGUCUCUCGCGCAUCUUUUUACUUCUGGUUCGCUUUCGCUCUCCUCGCCGCCCGGGUCCGCGACGCCGGCGCCCCGCAUCUGCGCACCGAUCGAGCGGCAGGAGCCCGGGAUCGGACCAUGAACCGCAGCCUGGACCUCUCCAGACGGAACCCGCAGGAGGACUUCGAGCUCAUCCAGAGGAUCGGAAGCGGCACUUACGGCGAUGUCUACAAGGCCCGGAACGUCAGCACCGGCGAACUGGCCGCCAUUAAGGUCAUCAAGCUGGAACCGGGGGAGGACUUCGCGGUGGUGCAGCAGGAAAUCAUCAUGAUGAAGGACUGCAAGCACUCCAACAUCGUGGCCUACUUCGGCAGCUAUCUCAGGAGAGAUAAAUUAUGGAUAUGCAUGGAGUAUUGUGGAGGAGGCUCCCUGCAAGAUAUCUACCACGUGACGGGGCCCCUGUUAGAAUCCCAAAUUGCCUACGUCACGCGGGAAACCCUUCAGGGUUUGAACUACCUGCACAGCAAAGGCAAAAUGCACAGAGACAUCAAGGGGGCAAACAUACUGCUCACCGACAACGGUUACGUGAAACUCGCCGACUUCGGUGUCUCUGCGCAGAUCACCAUGACUCUGGCCAAGAGGAAGUCUUUCAUCGGCACCCCUUACUGGAUGGCUCCUGAAGUGGCUGCAGUGGAGAGGAAAGGGGGCUACAACCAGCUGUGUGACAUCUGGGCGGUGGGCAUCACAGCCAUCGAGCUGGCAGAGCUGCAGCCCCCCAUGUUUGACCUGCACCCCAUGAGGGCCUUGUUCAUGAUGACAAAAAGCAACUUCCAGCCCCCAAAGCUGAAAGACAAAAUGAAGUGGACAAGCAACUUCCACCAUUUUGUUAAACUGUCCCUGACAAAGAACCCAAAGAAGAGGCCUACAGCUGACAAGCUCUUGCAGCACCCCUUCGUCUCACAGCCUCUCAGUCGGACCCUGGCCAUCGAGCUGCUGGACAAGGCCAACAACCCCGACCACACUGCCGACCCCGACCUGGACGACGACGACGCUGAACCCGAGUCCCCGGUAUCUGUGCCUCACCGGAUACCCUCGGCCAACCGGAGCGCCCGCGACGAAAAGACGCUCUCCGAGAUCAACUUUGACAAAGUGAAGUUCGACCCCCCCAUGAGGAAGGAGACAGAGCCUGACCAUAAGCCGGCCGACAAUGAGGAAUUUUUGGACUGUGCCGAGGAGCUAUACUACACCGCAAGACCGAAACUGGUCGACUACGAAGUCGGGUCCCCAGGCGGCCGUUCCCAGGGUGGCAACAAGGGAACUGAGGCUCCUGUAGAGGAGGAUGAUGGUGGCGAUGAUGAACCUCGACACUCCACCAUGAGGCCCAAAGUACCCCCUCCACUGCCCCCAAAGCCCAAGUCUAUCCUCACGGCCCAGGACAGCCUCUCCGGGGAGGACGAGGGCGGCCACGAGACCAUCAAGCGCUCCCCGGGCUCCGAGAGCCCCACCCGACCCGUUUCCAAUGUGCCCCCACGGCCGCCGCCCCCGCGGCUCCCCUCGCAGAAGCGGGGCAGCUUGGGUAACGGGGUUAGUGCGUCUUCAGAUAACGGGGAACAAGGGAGUGGCAGGGAGGGGAAGCAGUCCACACUGCCCCCUACUGCCCCGUUACGGAGAGACAAGAAGGACAUUCCGAGGCCCAUAAGUAAUGGUCUACCGCCAACUCCAAAGGUCCAUAUGGGUGCUUGCUUCUCAAAGGUCUUCAACGGCUGCCCGUUGAAAAUCCACUGUGCCACCUCCUGGAUAAAUCCUGACACACGAGACCAGUUUCUGUUGUUUGGUGCCGAAGAAGGUAUUUACAACCUGAACCUGAACGAGCUCCAUGAGACCUCCAUGGAGAUGCUCUUCUCACGGAGAUGUACGUGGCUCUACGUCAUGAACAACAUCCUGGUCUCCAUAUCCGGUAAAGCCUCCCAGAUCUACUGCCAUAACUUGGUUGGCCUCUUUGAACACGCCCGUCAGAUGCAGAAGCUGCCCGUCGCCAUUCCCACGCACAAGCUGCCCGACAAAAUGAUCCCCAGGAAAUUCGCCGUGUCCAGCAAGAUUCCCGACACGAAGGGAUGUCAGAAGUGCUGCAUAGUGAGGAACCCAUACACGGGCCACAAGUAUCUCUGUGGAGCCUUCCAUUACGGGGCUGUCCUGCUGGAGUGGGUGGAGUCCAUGCAGAGGUUCAUGCUAAUCAAGAUCAUCGACUUCCCACUUCCCUGCCCCCUGGAGGUGUUUGAGAUGCUGGUGGUUCCCGAGCAGCAGUACCCACUGGUCUGCAUGGCAGUUAGCAAGGGCACUGAGCAGGGUCAAGUGGUGAACUUCCAUACCCUGAACCCUAACUCCACGUCGUCCUGGUUCACCAUGGUCGAUGCCCCGCAGUCCUGCGUGAUCCACAUCACCCAGCUGGAGAGGGACACCAUUUUAGUCUGCCAAGACCGCUGCAUAAAAAUCGUGAACCUGCACGGGAAGCUCAAAUCCAGCAAGAAGCUAUCGGCAGAGCUGACGUUCAACUUCCAGAUCGAGGCGAUAGUAUGCCUCCAGGACAGUGUGUUGGCAUUCUGGAAGCACGGAAUGCAAGGACGGAGCUUCAAGUCUAGCGAGAUCACGCAAGAGAUAUGCGAUAACACGAGGAUCUUCAGGCUCCUGGGGGCUGACAGGGUGGUGGUCCUUGAGAGCAGGCCUACAGACAACCCCACCGCCCACAGUAACCUCUACAUCCUAGCAGGUCACGAGAACAGUUACUAACGUACAGUGCAUUGUGGGAUUGGAGUACAGGAGGAGUGCCACUCUGUAUGGGAGGACGUGUGGACUGAUGUUGGCAUGCAUGAAUAGGGAGACUUCCACCUACCUUCCUUCAUUUUCAGUUUUACUUAAGUGGCAUGGAGAAAUUUUUAAUGAAUGCAAGUGUUGCCACCAAUAUUGGUAUAUUAUACUACCACACAAGUGCUUAACUGAUAUUUAAUUGUAAAUAUACACCUAGUUUGUUUGUUUUUUUUGGAGGAAGCAACCUGAUCUGAUUUUGAAAUUCUGCUAAAGUCAGGCAAUGUAGAUACUGGUGCAAAAUGUAUUGUACAAGUGACCAGACUGUACAUGUGUAAAGGUUUUGUUUCACUAUGCAGGUUAACUGGGGUACUGCUUUUUAAAGGGGGGGGGUUUCUCUGUAGGUUACCCAAGGAGGCACUUUACAGGAGUUUUAUAGUGGUUGUUUUGAGUAGUGAAUGGCCUGUCCACUCCCAAUAGUGAACUAUUUUUUUCAUAGUUCUGUUAUUUGCUCAUUUUUUAAUAUAAACUGAAUUUUUUUUUCUAUACUUUCAAUGAUAAGCCAUCGCCCGUUUGUCUUAUUAAUUCUGGCAUACACUGAUGUUAAAAUUUGCACAAAAAUAUCAAAGGAUUUUGAAAAAUGUGAUUUGUGUAUAUACCCAUGCGUUUGGGUUUAUGCACACGGACAAACCCACCGAUCUAUAUACAUGCAGUAUUUAUGUGCUGAUAAGCUGUGAUAGCAAAGAUGCAUUUAAAUAUGACUUGGAUUUCGAAAAUGAACAGAAACUGCCAUAGUAAGUCUGUCCUCUUGAAUUUUACGUUAACUCCAGCUAGUAUUUUUGGCUAGUGUCCUUGUCGAAUAAUUUUAAUUUGUCUUAAUUAUAAUGAAUUUCUUUUUUUAUUUUAUGGUUCUCUCAGAACCAUUUUAGUCUAAUUGCUUUUGGAAUACUCCUGCAAAUGGAACAUUCCGUUUUUGUUCUGUAGCCUUAAGGUUUUAUGUUUUAUUUUUUUUUUAAGUUAUGCCAAAAUGUGUCUUUCAGUUAUGGCCAAAAUGAGUUAGGCGUGCGUACCUCAUCCAUCUUAAUUCUAACACACAGUGACUGCAGGAUGUUGGUGGCAGAUACAAACUUAUUUUCUACUUCAUAGUAGCCAACAAAACACUAUAGAAUCACCUAGCUUGGAUUCAUUUCCAGGACUAAAAUGGGGGUUAUGAUUUUACAUAACUAGAUUUUUUUUUCCUUUACAUCCUGUUGUAGCAUUAAUAUUUUAAUAUUCCAAUGCAUUGUGUACAUACUGUAAAAUAAAAUUGGUCCAUUCUAAA